GUUCACUUCACUGCAGUUACCCUACCCAAUAUAAAAGAUUCAGACCAAAGACAAAGAAACAGAGAAACAGAGACGAAAAGGGUGAAAUGGCUUGGUGUAGUUUAAGGUCAAUCCAUAUUCCAACCAUCGAUGUGGGUUUACUACGCACUCGCUCUCCAUUGGCCGCAGCUGGAGGAGUUGUUGUUGGCUCUUCCUUUUGGCGAUCUUCCUCCAGAAAUGGGCCUUUUGCUUGCUUAAGCCUCUCCACUUCUACUGGGAUAAAGGAGGCCGUGGCAACUGACAAAGCUCCAGCUGCGUUGGGACCAUAUUCUCAGGCCAUCAAGGCCAAUAAUCUUCUCUUUGUCUCUGGUGUUCUUGGUCUUAUUCCACAGACUGGAAAGUUCAUUUCAGACAGUGUAGAGGAUCAGACAGAACAGGUACUCAAAAAUAUGGGAGAAAUCCUCAAAGCUAGUGGUGCUGAUUAUUCCUCUGUGGUUAAGACAACAAUUAUGCUGGCUGAUUUGAAAGACUUCAAGAAAGUAAAUGAGAUCUAUGCUAAAUACUUUCCUUCACCUGCUCCAGCUCGUUCAACAUAUCAGGUUGCAGCAUUGCCAUUGGAUGCCAAGAUUGAAAUCGAAUGCAUCGCUGCACUCAAGGCAUGAUGAAGGGGAAGUUUAGUCUUUUCGGUUUUGCAUUUAGCUGUCAAUUCCAAUUGCAUUAAUGAACUUGUUUAAGACUUGAAAAGGCUAGUUCAGAUGCCGUUGUCUGAUGGCAGUUAGUGAUCCCAUUUGGCAUCUAGAAACCAGCAAUUCUUGCAUAACAUCUACAGUGAUUAAACUCGAAUAUGAUUUGGAACUUAAAUAAUAUUCCUGACAGAAGCUACAAAUUGUCAUGAAUUUAUGUACGUGGUUCUUGUUUUGCCGGAGCAGUUAAUCGAUGUUCUUCCAUUUUGGAGAUCAAGUACCAUGCAUCUUAUGGCCUCUACUCCAAACCAAUACCCAAUGACAUGGUUUCCCUUCAGUGCAAUGCCUGGUUGACAAACUGCAUUGACUGCUUAAUAGCAUACCUACUAAACAACAGUAAACAGGAUACUUGUU